UACCGAAUCAUUUACCGAAUCAUUCCGACGUUUGUUCUCAAUUUAUCCGCCGAAAGGCGACAAGUGGCACUUUGGGAGUCAGAGGGGGAAAGGAUUUGUGGACUGUAUUAAAGCGACUGAGGCUUUCAGUUUCCCAAGUUGGUCCGCGCUCACCUUAUCAUGGCUUCAACGACUUGUACAAGGUUUACCGAUGAGUACCAGCUGUACGAGGAACUGGGAAAGGGUGCUUUCUCUGUGGUGAGACGGUGCAUGAAGAUUUCCACAGGGCAGGAAUACGCUGCCAAAAUAAUCAAUACCAAGAAGUUGUCUGCCAGGGAUCACCAGAAGUUGGAGCGAGAGGCCAGGAUCUGCCGCCUGCUCAAGCAUCCCAACAUUGUGCGGCUCCAUGACAGCAUAUCAGAGGAAGGAUUCCACUAUCUGGUCUUUGACCUAGUUACUGGGGGUGAGCUGUUUGAGGACAUUGUUGCCAGGGAGUACUACAGUGAAGCUGAUGCCAGUCACUGCAUACAACAGAUUCUAGAAAGUGUAAAUCAUUGCCACAUUAAUGGCAUAGUGCACAGGGACCUUAAGCCAGAAAAUUUGCUCUUAGCCAGCAAGUUGAAGGGGGCAGCAGUAAAACUGGCCGAUUUCGGCCUAGCUAUUGAAGUGCAGGGAGACCAGCAGGCAUGGUUUGGUUUUGCCGGUACACCAGGGUACCUGUCCCCAGAGGUGCUGAGGAAAGAUCCAUACGGGAAGCCAGUGGACAUGUGGGCUUGUGGCGUAAUUCUCUACAUCCUCCUGGUGGGAUAUCCCCCAUUCUGGGAUGAGGACCAGCACAGACUCUACCAGCAGAUUAAAGCUGGAGCUUAUGAUUUCCCUUCUCCUGAGUGGGACACAGUGACUCCAGAGGCCAAAGACCUGAUCAACAAGAUGCUGACCAUCAAUCCAGCCAAGAGAGUGACCGCCACAGAUGCACUCAAACACCCUUGGAUCUGUCAACGCUCCACUGUGGCGUCCAUGAUGCACAGACAGGAGACUGUAGAGUGUCUGAAGAAAUUCAACGCUAGGAGGAAACUCAAGGGUGCUAUCCUGACUACGAUGCUGGCUACUCGCAACUUCUCAGCAGCCAAGAGCCUGCUGAACAAAAAACCGGAUGGUGUCAAAAUCAACAACAAGGCCAAUGUGGUCACCAGCCCCAAAGAACCUGUCCCCACUCCUUCUCUGGAGCCUCAAACCACUGUUAUCCACAACCCAGCUGAUGGAAACAAGGAGUCCAGUGAGAGUGCCAACACUACCAUCGAGGACGAGGACGUGAGAGCUCGUAAGCAGGAGAUCAUUAAAGUCACUGAGCAGCUGAUCGAAGCCAUAAACAACGGCGACUUUGAAGCCUACACGAAGAUAUGUGAUCCUGGACUCACGUCCUUUGAGCCUGAAGCCCUGGGAAACUUGGUGGAGGGCACUGACUUCCACCGCUUUUACUUUGAGAAUGCUCUGUCCAAGGGAAAGCAGCCCAUCCACACUAUCCUGCUCAACCCCCACGUCCACCUCAUCGGGGACGAGGCUGCUUGUAUCGCCUAUAUCCGCCUCACCCAGUACAUCGACAGCAACGGCAUGCCUCGCACCAUGCAGUCAGAGGAGACCCGCAUCUGGCAUCGCCGCGACAGCAAGUGGCAGAACAUCCACUUCCACCGCUCCGGCUCACCCACCGUGCCCACCAAUUGAGAGGACCAUAUUUGACUACAAUCAUCCUCCAGCCUACAACAAACCCUGCCUACCAAGUGUCCAUCAGAUUCCUCAGCCAAUCCCUGCCCUCCAUAGCUAGAGCUCCGCCCUCUCAGUGUGUUGUUUACAUAUUGUCGCUGCUGGACUGAAGAUUGUUGUACAUUUUAAGAAAACAACAAAACAAGGGGGAAACUUCAAGUCUUGACAAUAUCAUUUUGUAGUGAGAGUGUGUGUUGUUCAUCGGGCAAGGUUUUUUUUAGGUCAGUAUGUUUUUAAUAGCGGUGGUUUUUUAGAGGAUGCAGAUGUUCCAGAUGAUUCAUUUUUAAUAGGGUGAUGAAAUAUGUGAAACUUCCAGUCAUUGUGUAGUGACAGAUUUUCAUUUGAAUAUUGCACAUGUUUAGGAGCUGUUGUGAUGUUUUCGCCUUUUCGGCAUGAUGACCAAUAUAUCACAUAUCUGCUUUUUACUAAUUUAUCUUUUCAGAGCUGCCAUCUAUUAAUGCUCAGGCACAAGCUUGCUUUUGUUUUGGUUAUGUAUAAGUUUUGGUAAUUGAUGUAAAUGGCUUUUCUCUCUUUGCUUAAUCUUUAGCAGUAUUGAUAUGAACUGAGUUGGCUAAUUUUAUUAAUCUGUUUUCUGGUUUGCCAUUGGCACCCAGUAUGUUUACUAGGAAUUUGAACUACAUGUUUGAAAGGGAAACUCAAUUGAAACGUGUUCUAUUUAGUCUGUUUGGACCUCCAUCAUCACAGGGCAGCAUAUGAAAAAAGUCUCUUAUGAUAGAAUGUAAACCAUAGACAAAUAUAUAAUUCUUAAAGGCCAUUCUGUGACUCUUUGCAGUCAGAUCAUAUUUUCAUACAGUAAGGAACUAAUUAUGUGAAUUUUAUCAGCUAUUUUAUUGUGUUUACUUUUUAUAUUCUAAUAUGGAUAUAAGUGGAUGCCUGUCCCUCCACUUGUCAUUAUCAGUGCUUUCCUUUAAGCCCUUUAAACCUUGAUUGAGUCCCACCUUUAUUCUGUCCAACUGGUGUACGCCAAUGCUUUACAGCACCAUGUUUUACACUGGACAAAGUAGUCAUGACAUUGACACUGACAGGAAAGCUGGAUUCAGCUGAAACCUUUGCUUCUGCAACUUAUUUACCUGUUCAUUUUGCCAUGAGGAAUUUGAUUCUUGACCAAAUCACAAAGCAGUUAAUCACCAUUCUAGUUCUUAUGUUACUCUAUAAUGUUAUUUUAGUGUCACUGAUGAAUUAAAGGGAAAGGGGUUUUUUGGCAUCACUUGCAGCAGAUUCAUAUCUUAAGGUUUGAAUUUUAAAACACAGAAUUAAAAUGACAGUGGGGGAAAAAAAGAAUAGGGGGGAAUAAUACCAGAAUGAAAGCAUGGGGAAAGGUUUAUGAUUCCAUUUGUGUAAAGGAUAUUGAGAUUUUUGUUUUGUUUUGGGUUUUUGCUUAGAAAAUUGUUUACACUCUUUUGUUUAAUCACAUUUGUCCCACACCACACUUUGUUUUUAUCUUUCUAAGAUGCAUUGAAAUUCCUGAUGGGACUCUGGUAUGUAAUGUUACCAUGAUGAAACAAGCCUGAUGUAUGUUUUAGUAAUAUCAAAUAAAAUUGUGUGAUUUAUGCCAAA